ACGGAUGUACUUAAUUUACUUGUUCUUACAGAAAAACCAGGGAUUGAAAACACAGGUUACUCGUAAGGUAACGCUGCAAGAAAUUAAAUUGUUUCGUAGUGAAUACAGCGAUAAAAUAAGAAUGACCCCAACAACGCAAUUACCUACUAAGCUUUGUCAUGUAAUAAAGCGUCCAGAUUUUGAAGGCUACGGAUUCAAUUUGCAUUCAGAGAAAGUGAAGCCCGGCCAGUUCAUAGGAAAAGUCGAUAUUAACUCUCCAGCGGAAGUAGCGGGAUUAAAGGAGGGUGAUCGCAUUAUAGAAGUAAAUGCCGUUAAUAUUAGCCAAGAGUCCCAUAAGCAAGUGGUGCAGCGUAUUAAAGCUAUGUCAAACGAGGUUCGGUUGCUAAUAAUAGAUGCACAUGCAAGUAGCAAAGGUAUACGUUCAUUUCCUACAAAUAUCAUAUCCGCGUGUAGUAGAGACGACAGCGGCAGAAAAGAAAAAGAAGGUGUAGUUCAGGCAACACCUGGAUGUAGCAUUAACAUUAGCAGCAUCAGUACUAUAAGUAUGACGCGUUCAUUUAAUGGUGAUAGCUAUUCAGUCAAUGAUAAUUUAAAUGAACAUAACGAUGCCACAACAAAUAAUGCCAAUGAAAUCUUACUCAGGGAGCAAGGUGGAUAUAGUUUUAAUUCAAGAUCUUGCCAGACAACGACUAGUGUGCGUAAUGCCGUAAGAUCAACUAAUACCAUUGGAGAAGACAGUUGCCAAAACGAAAGGAAAACUUCAAGCGGCGGACUAGAAUUAUCAAUGACAGCUGCAGAGAUGCGAGCAAAACUUUUGUCUAAAAAAAAAUAUGAUCCGAAAAACGAAACUGUAGAUCUAAAAAAAAAGUUUGAAAUAAUCCAGAAACUCUGAAAAAUGCAUCUUGGAUGAAAUAAAAUGUUAUCAAAACUGUUAA